CAACAUCGUCCAUCUUGUUCAUUAAGAGGGGGUAAUGGCUGCUGAGAUCAAGCCACUCCGGAGCUCUCACCCCACCAAGCCCACCAGCACUGACAGACCCGUGCUGGUGGCUAAGAUAGAAGGUAGUGGUGAUGAUGUUAACGCUGCUAUACUCCUUAAUGGUGCCACCGGAGUUAUAUCUGUUAGUGAUGACAAAUCAGUGCGCAUCUGGCAGCGUCGAGACUCAGGACAGUACUGGCCUAGUGUGUGUCACUUCCUGCCGUCAGUACCAACUUGUCUACACUACAUAGCUGACACCAAGAGAUUAUUUCUGGGUCUAGAUAAUGGCACUGUUGUGGAGUUCUCAGUGUCGCAGGACUACAACAGCAUAAACCAAGUACGAGAAUACCUGAGUCAUCAAAACAGAGUGACGGACGUUAUCUUCUGCCCGACCAACGAAUGGCUCCUCUCGGUGGCUCGCGACAAGUUCUUCGUUUACCACUGCACGGAGAGCGGCCGCAGGCUAGGAGGCCACCAGUGCUCCGGCUGGUGUACGGCCCUACAGUACGACGAGAAAAGUAAACACAUAUUUGUCGGGGAUUAUAGCGGCCAGAUCACCAUGUUGAAGUUGGAGGAAGGCGGACCGCAGAUCAUUACAGUGCUUAAGGGUCACAAUGGGUCAAUCAGAUCGUUAGCAUGGGAUAUGGACCGCCAACUGCUGUUCUCGGGAUCGUUCGACCAAUCAGUCAUCGUUUGGGACAUUGGUGGGAGGAAGGGAACUGCUUUUGAACUACAAGGUCACACGAGUAAAGUGUCAGCUUUGGUGUAUGGUAAGAAUUGUCACCAGCUGAUCUCAGGAGCAGAGGACGCCACUAUUGUCUUCUGGGAUAUGAAGGCUGAUAGACAGGAGACCCCAGAGUGGCUUGAAGCAGACUCAUGUCAGUACUGCGAGCGGCCAUUCUUCUGGAACCUAAGAGCCAUGGUGGACCAAAAGCAGAUUGGCCUACGACAACACCAUUGCAGGAAGUGUGGGAAGGCAGUAUGUGACAGCUGCAGCAGUAACAAAUCCUGCAUUCCUAUUAUGGGGUUUGAGUUUGACGUCCGCGUGUGUGACAACUGCCAUUCUACUAUAGCUGAUCAGGAGACCUUAAAUGGUGUACACCGAACAUCUCUGGCCAAGUUCCAGGAGGUGAAGCAUAAUGUAGUCUACAUGGAUUUGGAUGAAGAGGCUGGUAUUCUCCUCACUGUCGGUCAAGAUCGUGUGAUGAAGAUAUGGGACGUGUCAAGUAUGUUGAAUUGAUGUCAGGUGAAUGAAGUCACCUCACCUUGGCUCACAGAAAUCCUACUACUGGCUGACUCCUGAAGGCUACUCAAUCCUAGCUGACAGUGAGCUGAGGUUACCAAUCCUAGCUGACAGUGAGCUGAGGUUACCAAUCCUAGCUGACAGUGAGCUGAGGUUACCAAUCCUAGCUGACAGUGAGCUGAGGUUACUCAACCCUAGCUGACAGUGAGCUGAGGUUACUCAAUCCUAGCUGACAGUGAGCUAAGAUUACCAAUCCUAGCUGACAGUGAGCUGAGGUUACCAAUCCUAGCUGACAGUGAGCUGAGGUUACCAAUCCUAGCUGACAGUGAGCUAAGGUUACCAAUCCUAGCUGACAGUGAUGGUGCAUUUUGUAAACAACUUUCAUUGUUUGUGUUUACCCCAGUGACUGUGUGAGCCUAGGUGCUGGGCCAGGCACCCUAGGCACUCAUAUCAGAGCCUGGGUGCUGGGCCAGGCACCCUAGGCACUCAUAUCAGAGCCUGGGUGCUGGGCCAGGCACCCUAGGCAGCUUAUAACAAAGUGUCGCAUUUCAAAACAUUGUUCGUAUGGGGUGUAGCACGAAGCCAGUCUAAGUCAGUCACAAGAGGCACCAGCGACAGGUGGCGUGGCAUUCCAUGACAGUCAUAGAACAUUCUUACUCCGGUAAUGAUGAUGACAAUAUGGGGGGGUUGGGGGGGGGGGACUUGGUCACUACAGCGUGGGUUGUCACUACAGCGUGGGUUGUCACUAUGGGUUCCUUAUAUAAGUUUUGUACAUCAGUUGAAUAAUUUAUGACCUUUUUACAAUUAUUACAAGAGUCAGAUAGAGACUUUAGUGUUAUUUAAAUAAUUUAUAUAAAAUAAUUACGGUUAUUGUAAUGUUUGAAUAAUCAUUUAGUUUUGUUUAUUUGAUAAUUAAUAAUAUCUGCUACAACACUACAUUAUAUAAUUGGUUAAAGAAUAAUUAAUAUAUAUAAUUAUUUAGUGUUUGGAUAAUUUAGGUUACAAUAAUUAUUUUGUAUAUUAUUUAUUUGGACAAAACAAAGGUGACCCUCAUUUAACUUAACCUAUGUAGUGACAACUGUACCCAGGUUGUAUUGUUAGAUAUACUAUACUGUACUGUACUGUGCUGUGCUGUACUGUGCUGUGCUGUGCUGUACAGUAUAUAGCUCAUCACUGUCCACCUUAUAACAUGUUAAAGGUAAUUUGUGAUUAUUAUCUGAUGUAAUUUGAUUCUGUUACUUAUUAUUAAAGAGAAUUUAUUGUUUUUAUAAAUAUGUACUUUACUGUACCUUACAUGUACUGUACUGUAUUCUAGUAGCUUCAUGUUACUGUAGCCUAAUUCUUAUUCUAGGGAUUGGUGUAUGUCUGUGUGUAUCAGCUCACCAAUACACACACACCAGUCCCCCAUAACAUAUCGUAUAUAUAAACAGAUUUGGUUUAAUUUACUUCUAUAUAAAUUAAUACUCUUAAAUAUUUUGCUCACAAACUAAUGAUUUGUUUUAAGGUUAUUUGCGUUUACUUUGUUGACACUGCGGCCACACGAGCGUACGUCUGUCCUCGACGCGUGAUUGGCCAAAAUAAAUAUCGAUCUAGUACACUCGGCCACAACUCUAGGGCCCCAUAGCAUCACGUGCUGGAGAUGUUACGUACGCUCGUGUGGUCGCACCUUAAGACUGUGUAAGUUUUUUGCUAGUCGUGUAGUCGAGACCAACUGCUAGGAACGUGUUAGUUGUAGUGGUGAUUUUGGCCUUUUUUGGACGACCUGAUUAUUCGACCCCCUUCCCCCCCGACCCUUUAAUAUUUUUGUGGGGGGUUAAGCUGAGGGGUGACAAUGUUUAGGGGGGGUUAAUCUAUCUUCAGGUGAGCACUUGGGGGAGGUAUUCUUCAGGUGAGUCAUAAAGGCUGGGAUUAUGAAUGAUCUUGUUGAUGAUCUCGACUGAAUUAUUUGUUAUGUCCGUGUGACGCUGUUGGCCAGAACAUGAAAUAAAGAACACACUGUAAUAUUCAUCUGUAUGUGUGAUGCUGUAAAAUCUUGCUGAAAUAUUAUGUGAUGCUGUAAUCCAUCACAUAUGUAGGAAUACAGGACUUGUAAUAUACUGUUUCAUGACUGUAUCAUGUUCUUAUGGGUACAGUUAUGACUUGUAAAAUAUGUGAACUGAUGCUGUAAUCUAUCACGUUUGAGGGUACAGUAACAAGUGAUUGAAAUUUACCACUUGAUGCUGUAAUCUUCCUGUAACCAAUGACAUAUUUAGGGGGAGGAAUACAUUACAAUAAUACAGUAAGAAUUCUCUCUUUUUAACCACUGAUGGGAAUACAGUUUUAAGAGCAGCUGAACCUCUGAAGGGGAUAAGUUUAGGAACUAUUACAGUUUAUGUAUCCUAGAUGGCUGUAAUGUAUUAAAAAAGGUAUAUUAAUGUAUACUUUUGUUUAUCGUGGGGUGAUUAUUGGCUAGAGAUCUACUGAACAAUGUUAACUCAUUGUAUUACCAAAGAUAAAAGUUUGGAAAUGAUAAAAGUUAUAAACUAUAUUUUAUUUGAAAAUUGUUUUAGAAUAAACUUGAGGGAUAUUUUCUA